ACACCUCAAGGAUGUGAUCCUGCUGACAGCUAUUGUCCAAGUGCUGAGCUGCUUCUCGCUCUACGUCUGGUACUUCUGGCUCCUGGCUCCGGGCCGCGCUCUCUACCUCCUGUGGGUGAACAUCCUGGGGCCCUGGUUCGCAGCCGACUCUUCGCCCGCGGCGCAGGAGCCGAACGAGAAGAGGCAGCGCCGGCAGGAGCGGCGCCAGAUGAAACGCUUCUAG